AUGGAUGGCUAUGAUUCCCUCGCAAUGCCCUACCUGCACAGUCCAAUGCCCUUUGGCAACGGUAAUAUGCAGAAUCUCGACUAUAUGAGUGUCCCGUCGGUGAUGGACUUGCAAGACCAAUACUCCAACUUCGACUCGGAACCCUACAUGAGUGGCGACGAGCUCAGUUUCGCACCCUCGAGUAACCUGCAGCACCCUGCGAUGCUGAAGCGAUACUCUUCCAACUUCGAAGACCCUUUCGCCGAAAGCACCAUGUCCCAAUUCGAGCGAGUGCCCACCGAAGGCCUGCCUGGAAGUCCCUCGAUCGAUCGCGACAGCAAAUAUCUCAGCUUCUCCAUGCCGCAGUACAAUUUCACACUCCUGGACGACUCGUUCCGGCGAUCCUCGGUCAACAUCAAUGCCCAGCUGCACGGCAUGUUCUUCCUGGCCGAGUCGCAAUGGCCUGCGACGGCAGACACGCCCCCCCCUCCCCCAGAACUGACCUGCUACCGGCGCAAUCUGUUCCAGAUCACCGGCUCGGUGACCCUUCCCCGCAACCUGAGAUAUGUCUUCACCGAUGACGGGUCGAGAAUCCCCAUUUAUGAGCUGGAACUGGCUGUGUCAGCCACGGAAUCGGUCGAGGGCAAUUCGGUCAAGAUCAUAUCAGUGCCGUGGAAGACGCCGGCAUCGGGAGAGGCCCCGAAGCCAGAGGACAAGAUAGAGAAAGAGCCUCCGACCAUUCCCUUGGACAAGAUGACGGGACAAGACCUGGACACAGACUUUACGACAUUCCCCAUCCAGUGGAAAAGGCUGCAGUUCCGGAUAGCCACUGCCAACAAUGGUCGACGGAAAGAGCUGCAACAACAUUUCACACUCCACCUGAAGAUCAUGGCAUCCCUAUCGACAGGCGGCAAGAUCUCCAUUGCCGAAGCUCACUCAGGAGCCGUCAUUGUCCGAGGCCGGAGUCCUCGCAACUUCGCAGCACGGAAAGACUUGCCUCUCAGCAGCAGUUCAACAGCUCGGAAACAUCUGCCAGCGGUAUCACGAGUUUCGAACAGUCAAACCUCAGUUCCCCAAGUCACAUCGGCCCCCAAAAUCAAGACACCUGUCGAAGAGUCACCACCGGUGGCCGGUUACGACAGCAUUGACAUGAAGCCUACAGACGUCGAUGGCGCCACCUGGGUGUCACAAGGUAUCCAGGAUUCUAUCGCCACUCCCUACUCAACGGCCAUCAAUCCUCCUGUCCCAGCGUUUCCGGAAGGCACGACGGAGCUGGCAACGCCGGGUACAUUCCCGUUCACGUUCCCUCAAGAAAUGGCGCCAGGGAGCCGCCCGAUGAGCCUGCACUUUGGCAGUGAUGAUGAGGGAGGUAGCCCCCAUCCCCAACAACAGGGAUCACGACAUUCAUCCCGGCCUCCGACGUCAAACCCUUCCCCUUCUCUGGUGAACAAAGGCCCCUCGGGGACGUAUACGAGCAAUCCGGGUAUGUCACCUGGGCAGCUUGCCAACCAGGGAGGUCAUCGACCCCGACUACAUUCUCACCAAGUCUCCAUGACUAGUGUUCCCAGCUCGAUAGUUACCAUGAAUGGACAAGGGUCGAUGCCGACAGGGGCUCAUAGACCAGAACUUCUGGCGACCAAGUCAGGCCUCCCAUUCCAUCCGGAGGGCGAGAGUGCGGAUCAACUCUACGAGUACUUCCCAUUAGGUUUGGACGACUGGAUGCCACCCGUGGACGCGGUGUUCCGCCCACAUGUAGUGCAUCACAGCGGACCAUUACCCCCUGAUCCACGAUCCCCUGGACGACACACGAGCAAACGCUACUUUUCGGAGGUGAUGUAG